AUGCCAGCUUCGCGUUUCGCCGCGGAGUUCAGCCCCCUCCGGGUAAAAGGAAAACCGGGUCAGGGCCGGAGAGAUCUCUUGUUCCACGUCGUAAACGAGUCUGCCCCUGCCCCGGCCCCAGCGCCAGCCCCGGGCAAAAAGUUCUGGGCCUGGGUCUGCAGUCCCCUCCGGCGCUCGUCGGCGCGCAGCCUAUUUAGACGCAGGGAGUUUUUUCCUCUAAAGGCCGUACCUGGCAAUGACACGUUUUCCCAGGCUUCAGGGGGCUACAUCGUGCCCAGUCCAAGAGAGCAGGGAGAGGAGGCGGCCCCAGUUUGUUUCCUGGGGGGGACCUUCUCUGGAGAUCCCCGAGCGGUAGUCACCUACGUGCCGGUGGGCAAGCCGCCCAGAAAGACCACAGCUGGGUUAACUUCCAGUCAUGGUCGCAGGACCCCGCGGAAACCCCGAGAGGCCGGUCCUGCCCAACCCAAAAAGUGGCCUCCCACCUACCUCCGGCCACGCAGCCUCUUCAGCCACGCACACCUACCGCCUUGCGGGGCCCUGGGGCAAAGAGCAGGGAAUGCAAAGGCAAAGGGCAUUCUGUGCCUUUGCGGAGCUCAGUCCCACGGAGGUGCGGAGCCCAUGCAGGAUCCGUAGAAAACAACCCACCAAGGGAGCCCUAGAAUCCCGAGGGGCUGGGCACGGCUUCUUGGAGCAGAUGAAAUCACCAGAAAAUGGUUCACGAACAGGACAAGUAAAAGAACCAGGAUAAAGCAGUGUCAAAACUAGAGAAAUGGCAAAAGCUUAGCACAGGGCCUGACACAACGUUCUCGAAUAAACGGCCCCUGCAAGAAAUUUCAGAGAAACAUGGCACCUUGGGAAUAAAGUCAAGUAACAGCUUUGCAGAUGUUUACAUUCAAGAAAGAAAUAAGAAAAAAAGGGAAGGGAUCAUUAAUUCAGAGGUAAGCUGGGAGAAGGACAAAAGGGUACACAAAAAUUU